CUUAAGAAUUACUUAGUAAUCUUAAAUUCCUCCUAUAAUGUCGAUUUAAGCUGAGGGAAUUAAGUUCUCGCAACUCCUUUUUCUUGUCCUGCCUUUUUAAAUGCGAAGUGAUCGCAUAUGCUUUAUACAUCUUUUCUGAUAUCUGUGUGCUGUCUUUUUAUGCAGUCAUCAUAGACAUUAGAGGCGAUGGCGGAGAAAGACGACGACUUGCCCAGAGAUGCCAGGGUUGUGAAGUCACUACUGAAAUCAAUGGGUGUUGAGGAGUAUGAACCUCGCGUUAUACACCAAUUCUUAGAGCUGUGGUACCGGUAUGUGGUUGACGUGUUAACAGAUGCACAAGUCUACUCGGAGCAUGCUGGCAAGGCUGCAAUUGACCCCGAUGAUGUUAAGCUUGCGGUCCAGUCAAAAGUUAAUUUCACCUUUUCACAACCUCCACCACGAGAGGUCUUACUGGAAUUGGCUAGAAACAGGAACAAGAUUCCAUUACCAAAGACAAUAUCAGGUCCCGGAAUUCCACUUCCUCCAGAACAGGACACGCUGAUCAGCCCAAAUUACCAACUUGCAAUCCCGAGGAGGCAAUCUGCUCAGGCAAUGGAAGAAGCAGAAGAAGAUGAAAGAAGUGAUGCCAAUCCAUCACAGGAGCAGAAAACAGAUGUGCCACAGAGUGCGCCACAGAGAGUUUCAUUUCCCCUUUCUAAACAUCCCAAAUGAAGGAUCUGUAUUCACAGGUAUGGCGUGACUGGGAAAAGAAUUGGAGAAACUGUCGGACUGUAUGCUGACAUGUGGUAGUUCAUACUGGAUCGUUUUAUGUAUAAGAAUAGCAUGCAGUACGUGGGCUGUCUGCCCGGAAGAUUGGUGCUUGUCAGGUACUGUUGUACCUGUAACGUUGCUUUCUUAGAAGCAAA